ACGUACGUUGGAAGAAGGGCCACCGGAAACGGAGUAGCAGUCUCACAGUCAUGGCGUCGGCAGCUGCCACCCGAACUGCGGCGGGAGCAGCCAAAGUUGUCAGGCCAAUUUUUAGCCGGGAUUUGGAUGAAGCUAAACGCAGGGCCCGGGAGCUGUACCGGGCCUGGUACAGAGAAGUCCCGAACACCGUGGUCUUAUUCCAGCUGGAUAUCACGGCACAGCAGGGGCGAGACAAAGUGAGGGAGAUGUUCGACAAGAACCGGCAUGUCUCUGACCCUCGUCUCAUCGACAUGUUGGUCAUCAAGGGGAAAAUGGAGCUCCAGGAGACCAUCCACGUAUGGAAACAGAAGACCCACAUAAUGCGCUAUUUCCACGAGUCUGAGGAACCGCGUGCUGUUGAUUUCCUGUCUAAAUUCUACCGAGGACAUGAACCCUGAACCCCCUCCCUGCAUACCUUAGACCCUGAGAUGCUCCCUUUGAUUGUAAAUACACAUGUAACAUGCGCA